UAAAAGGAUCAAAGGGUCUUAUUAGGAAUUAAGAAUUGUCAUAAACCAUAUGCACAAGACUUUUAUGCUCAGUAACUUAUCACGCAAGUCACUAGAUAUUUCGAUUCGUGCAUCGUUUCUCUAUUUAUUCACUCGUCUUGUUGAAAAUAUUUUUGCACACUACCCGCAAAAAGAAUGUCACACGAGUCGAAAUAAUUUGUGAAAUAAAAUAAGAAAAAGACACACGUAAGAAUGAUAGAACACUAUGUUUUUUGUUUCACAUGAAGCCUACACCUAGUUUAAAUAAAUACAUAAUAAUGCCCGGGUAUUCUGAUAACAGAAUAGAUGCACAGAAGUUGGCCGACUAUUUAACAUGUGGUCAGUGUGCUCAAGAGUUUCCCCUCAAAAAUAUCACCAACUUCAUCCAACAUAAAACUGAUAAUUGUGAAAAAAAUUCUAAUCAACCAUCAUCAAAUGAUAGUCAAUUUUCUAAAAAUGCUAACAUUUCAAAUGAAGAUGAAUCUUCCAGUUUGUCUUGCUCAUCAUGUUACCAAGGUUUCGUAACAGCUCGUGGUUUACUACAUCAUGUGCAAUUCAGCCAUAACUUGAACAUCUUUAUAUCAAGAGAUGAGGUCACUGACACUGGCCUACAUGAUAGCAACAAUGAUAAUAUUAUGAUUGAAAAAGAAAGCUUAAAUGAAGAUGCUGAGGAAGAUGACAAUAUGUGUACUAAUGAUUCAUCCCAAGGUGAAGUUUGUGAGCCCAGUUGCUGUGAGAGACGACUGGCUUCCAUGACAGACAGAAACCGUUCAUGUCAAGCUAACAGAUACCGAGCCGGUUCUUCUCAACAGAUGACCAGAUGCUCAAAAAUGUCUUCAAGUGGAGGAACAACUAUUUGUUGCAAUAGUCAAGAAUGCUGUGUUACAAUCAUUCCAGGGACUCAUGAAGAACCGAGGAAGUGCUGCAAUUCCAUUGUUCCCAAGAAACGUAAACUUCACAUGGUAAAACAUAUGGAUCAAGGUGAGGAUUCUAAUAAAUCCAAUCCAGAUGAAGACGAAACAUCAUAUGAUAAUAAAUCUUCUAUGAUUUAUAUUGAUGUUGGUUCUAGAGAAGGUCAGUUUCACAGUACUUCAUCAAGGGAGAGAACUCAGACUUACAGCUCUGACUCUUCACCAUCUGGAACCAAAGUACAGAUUUCUGAAGAUGAUAAUGAGGACAGUAAUCCUUCAGAUGAUGACAACUCGACUGAUGGCAGACGAUCUGUAAUUAUUGAAACUGGUAAAAGUUUUUCCAUCCCCAUAACAGUGACAUCUGGUCAAAUAGUAGAGACCAGUUCUCUAAAUUCUCAUACUAUUCGUGUUUAUAAACCCUUAAAUCUCUCUCGUAACACUGGUAACUGUGGUAGCAGUGAUGUUUCUAACCUUCAACACAAUUCCACAGCAAACCUAGAACCUUCAACAUCUCAACAAUCUCCAGGAAUUCCUGUCUCUUCAACUGUUGUACCUGUUGGUGAUUCAGAAAGUCUGUGGAUGUCUGCUACAGGCGAUAUAGGUCAAGAUGAGGAAGAUGAUGGAGAGAAAGAUAGCGCUAAGAAAAGACGAUAUCCCACCAGUCGACCGUAUAAAUGUGAAAAAUGUAAUGAUGCUUUUAAUCAAAGAAUUCAUCUUAAGAAACAUAUGAGCAAGCAUACAGGAGUAAAACCUUUUAAAUGUGAACAGUGUGAUUAUUCUACAGUAGAAAGAAGCCAUCUUAAAGUUCACAUCAGAAUUCAUACAGGAGAAAAACCAUUUAAAUGUACUCAUUGUGAAUACGCAACGGCUCAAAACAGUACAUUAAAGAUUCACUUAAAACGACGACAUGGGGGUAAAAUGUUUCAGUGUGAAGCCUGUUCUAAGAUGUUUACUCAGGAAUCUAUGUUAAAUAACCACCAAGUAGAACAUCAAAGAGAUCAGAAUUUAUCUCAAUUACCUUUGCCAAGUUCUGAUUUGGACUUGCUGGACAUUUCCUCCAACUCAGUUCCUGUGAGUAGUAAUUCUGCAAGUACCAUUCCUGCCAUCAGUAAUAUAUUAAUACCACCAAUAGUUAAUCAAGAAUUGCCAACUUUACCCAUUAACCAAAUUCUUUCUCUUCAACAAUCAUUUACAUCAGUCAACACUAAUCAGACAUUAACUAACACAAACCAAACACUAGCAAAUGCCAUAUCUUUUCCAAGUUUAAAUUUAACUAAGAGUUCUUAAUCCUCCAGCAUUUUACCUGCUAACAUUUUUUAUUUAUUAAAAUUUUUGUAUCGUAAUUAUAUUUAUGACGAGUGCUGAUUAUUUAACACUAAUAAUUAAUGCAUAUGUUCUGUAUUUUAAUCAGAUUUAGAAUGUUUAAGACAUAUCUUAAAUCUAGAUUUGGUACUAUUAGUAAUUCCAUUCAAAUGGAUACAUGUAUUAUUGUUUUAUAUUCCUGUACUUGUACUGGAAUAGUGUAACGUAAUUUAUUAAGCAAACUAAUAAAUUUAUGUGUUUUGAUAAUCUAGCAAUAAUUGUUACAUACCGGUAUUCAAUUAAUGAAAUACUAGUAAGGUUUUUAUUUGAAGAUUUACAUUCCUAUUUCACCUGUUUGUUUUUACAUUAACAUUAAACUAAGCCAACCCAGACAACAUAUUAGUAACUUGAUAAGCUAGUCUUUAUUCAUAUAUCUGCAAGUAUAUCAAGUCACCAAUACAAAUGGAGAGGAUACUUGUCAAAGUUAUUUAACACCAUUCUGUAUUUGCAUCUGGAAUAUUCAUACAGAAGAAUCCUCAAUUUCCAUAUUUCUUUAUGUUUUUGUAUUUGUUUAGCAUGCUUAAACCCACUUACAUGAAUGGUUACCCUGCGAAAUCUGGGACUUCUGCUUUAACAUUGUUUUACAAUAUAUUAACCAUCACAUAUCUGUGAUUGCUAGCACAGUUUUUUAUGCAUCCACAUUUAAUGUGGACAUACAUUAUUUUAAGUCUGUUGUCAGUCAAUCCAUCUUUCUUGUGAACACUCUAUAGGUCAGAACUCUUUGAAUUUGAAGAUAUAUUCAUGUAAUCAUAAGUUACAAGUAAGAACAUCAAAAUUGUCCAAUAGUCAAUUUAAAAGUUAU